AAACACGCAGGCAAAAACUCACGCACGCACGUACGAUGCGUCACAGUAAAAAGCUCAAACAUAACGCGCUGUCAAAAAGAGAAACACAAGAAAAAAAAACAAUCAUCGAUCCAGGUUCAGUGCACGAAAAACAAGCAAAGCAAGUCCAAAACCCAUCCAAUGCAUUAUGGCGGCAAUGGCGUCUGCAGAUAUACAAAUUGUAAAUAUACCGAAUUUAGCAAAAAUUGAAUCAUUUUUAAAUGAUACGGCUUAUCGGGAAUUGUUGGAAAACAGUGAAAAUUAUAAUACGCGUUUGUGUAUUGAGCGUAGGCUUCGGAUGCCGUUCUUAGAUCAACAAACUGGUGUCGCUCAAACUAAUUGUGCAUUGUUUAUGAAACGACGACAUCGCAUGCCAGGUAUUCGUGAGGGACAAAUAUAUACUUAUCCAGCAGCUAAAUGGCGUAAAUCGAAAAGACAGUACUUACUCCACCAUCGUCCAUUUCGCCAUAUGGGGCGAGAGCCAGACGCAGAUUCAAUCCCUGGAUUGGAUCGAUCAUCAUUCACAGGCGAUUCAGAAAGCAAGGAUAGUCACUCUGAACCGAAAGAGUGGUUUUAUGACGAUGAUGUUAUGCACGAUGUUGUUGAUCCAUUCGAAGAUCGUGGAGACUCAGAUUUCGAUUACGAUGACAGUCACUAUAAAAAAAAGCGACGUUCCAGAAAAACACCAGGCGAUUUGGUGAAUAGACGCGGAAGAGGUCGUGGCAGGGGACGUCGUAACAACAAAGGCGGCGAUUGUGACACACCGCGUUCAACAAAUAAAAGGCAUUCUGAAAAUAAGAAAAUCUUUCUAUCACCAUUGAAUACAAACGAAGAUAGUCAAACUCAAUUAUUACUACCAUCUGAUCAGCUUUCACCACAAAUUCAUCAUGAUUUUACACUUCCUGAAAAAAAUCCCAUUGCAGCCCCUAUCGAAAAAAGCAAUCACGCUGAAGAAGAGGAACGCUUACGUAUUAUUCGUAAACCAAAUGAUACAAGGAGUAAAGCACCUCCAUCACCUUAUUGUGAUUUUUGUUUGGGCGAUGAACGCGAAAAUAAAAAAACCAAGGUUCCUGAAGAUUUGGUAUCUUGCUCAGACUGUGGACGCUCCGGUCACCCAUCAUGCCUUCAAUUUACGCCAAACAUGAUCAUUAGCGUCAAGCGCUAUCGGUGGCAAUGUAUUGAAUGUAAAUACUGUUCUAUUUGCGGUACAUCUGAUAAUGAUGAUCAAUUGCUCUUUUGUGAUGAUUGCGAUCGAGGAUAUCACAUGUAUUGUUUAUCACCACCAUUGACAUCUCCACCUGAAGGAUUAUGGAGCUGUAAUAUAUGCAACAAGGAAUUUCACAGUGGCAAGUGAAAUAUUAAAUAGAGAUUGUAAAAGCAUUGCAAAAUUCCAUUUACCAACUGUGUAGUUAACUUCCCACAUUAUUAAUAUAACAUAACGAAUUCAAGUUGAAUAAGAUGAUGAAAUCGUUUACUUAAUUAGUACUGAAGAAAUCAUAGCGAAGUCAACUAAAAAAAACUCACUAAAUUUAAUGAUCAACAUAGUAUUAUUUAUCUUGAUAAUAAAACUUUGAAAAAAAAACCGAGAAAAAGAAAUAUUUAAAGAUAUAUUUUA